AUGCCGACAUCCAGGCUCAGCUGCCGAGCCUUUAGGGCGCUGAAAGCCUCUCCAGCCGAUAUACAUCUUCGGCUUCAAGUAAGUCUCCUGCAGCCUGACUAUGGCAAGAUCCCCAAGUACCUCUCACACAUCAAGAAGGACAUCGACGCGGAGUAUGAAUAUAUCCGUCAGUUGCAGCAGCUGCGCGAGCAGGAAGAAGCUGACAGGAUGAGGCCGCUCUUGGAAGACGAACGCCAUCACUUGAUCGAAGGUUUGAAGACGAAAUGGGAAUCUGUCAACACUGCCUACCAGGGCGGAACUCACAUCACGAAGCUCGAUACCAUGGGCAAGAUGAAGCGGAAGGAGCGGCAUGAGGCCGAGCUUUCACAGAUUGAGAAGGACAUUGAGAAGCUCAGCAAGAAGAACAUCAUCAUCAAUGCAGCAUUCUACGUAAUGCACUCGGACAAGCCAAAGGUUAGGAUUUUUGCCUUGGAUGCCUGGCAAAGAAGCUGCUGGCUCUGGGCUCACAGCGGCAAGGAG